UUCAACAAGGGCCGCUUUAGCCUGUGAAAAAAAGAAAACAGAGAGAGAGAAACGAGCCGAGUAACCUCCGGCUAGCGUGAGCUACAGCGCCGGAACCGGGCCAUGGCGUCGGAACCCCGCUCUCAGACUGAAGCCGAACUCUACUUCCUGAUAGUGAGGUUUCUCCAGGCGGGACCGUGUAAGAAAUCAGCGCAGAUCCUGCGCGAGGAGCUGGAGCAGUAUGAGAUCAUCCCUGAGCGCUGGAGUUGGGACGGAAAGCGCUACAGGAGAAACUUCCAGGACUGGGUGGCACUGAAUCAGCACAUCCCAGCAGAUUUCCUGUUGCGUGUGUGUGAGCAGUUGUGUCCGUUGCUGGACACACACGUCCCCCCGAGCGUCCCCGGACUCCGCAGCCUCUUGGGAAGCGGCCGCCAGUCUCUACUGCGCACUGCCAAGAGUUCUUCUCACACAGUAUGGACGGGUUCUGCUGUAGCCGCUUUGCACAGGGGGCGGCCCCCCGAACCACCAAUCAACUUACCCAAGCCGCCAAAUAUUGUGUCAAUCUUGGGCGGUCGCCAAGCAACCGGGGCGGCCCGUCUGGGCCACGCCCUCCCGUCCUGCACCUACCAGCACAUGAAGAUGCACAGGAGGAUUCUGGGACAUUUGUCCUCGGUGUACUGUGUGGCCUUCGACCGAACGGGACGACGCAUCUUUACGGGUUCAGACGACUGCCUGGUGAAGAUCUGGGCGACAGAUGACGGGCGUCUCCUGUCGACUCUGCGCGGUCACGCGGCCGAGAUCGCAGACAUGGCGGUGAAUUACGAGAACACGCUGAUCGCUUCGGCCAGCUGCGACAAGAUCAUCCGCGUGUGGUGUCUCCGGACCUGCGCUCCCAUCACCGUCCUGCAGACACACACCGCCUCCAUCACCUCCAUCCAGUUCUCUCCAUCCUCUUUGGGUUCGACGCGCUAUCUGGCCUCGACUGGAGCCGAUGGAAUGGUCUGCUUCUGGCAGUGGAACAGCCUCACCAUGAAAUUCUCAGACAGGCCAGUAAAGUUCGCAGAGCGGUCUCGUCCCGGGGUCCAGAUAUCCUGCUGCUCCUUUAGUACUGGUGGGAUGUUCCUUGCCACCGGAGGGACAGAUCAUGUGAUCAGGGUGUAUUACCUGGGUGGGGAGACUCCUGUGAAGUUGUCGGACCUGGACUCGCACACGGACAAAGUGGUGGCCGUGCAGUUCUGCAACAACAACGACAGUCUCCGCUUUGUGAGCGGCAGUCGGGACGGGACAGCGCGGAUCUGGCACUACCAGCAACAGGAGUGGAAGAGCCUCAUGCUAGACAUGAGCACCAAACUGCCUGGGAGCUCCACUGCAUCAGGGGAGGACAAGACCACCAAGCUGGUGGUUACCAUGGUAGCAUGGGACCGCAGUGACCGAACAGUCGUCACCGCCGUCUCCAACUUACUCCUCAAAGUCUGGAGCUCCACAAACGGCCAGCUGCUCCACGUGCUCUCUGGUCACGACGAUGAGGUCUUUGUGCUGGAGCCACACCCAUUCGACUCGCGCAUCAUGCUGUCGGCCGGCCACGACGGAAACAUCUACAUCUGGGACCUCAGCAAGGGCGGCAAAAUCCGCAACUUCUUCAACAUGAUCGAAGGUCAGGGUCACGGCGCGGUUUUCGACUGCAAGUUCUCGGCCGACGGGCAGCACUUUGCCUGCACGGACUCGCACGGCCACCUGCUCGUCUUCGGCUUCGGCUGCAGCAAACCCUACGAGAAGAUUCCAGAUCAGAUGUUCUUCCACACGGACUACCGGCCGCUGAUCCGGGACUCCAAUAACUACGUCCUGGACGAGCAGACGCAACAGGCGCCGCACCUGAUGCCACCGCCGUUCCUGGUGGACGUGGACGGGAACCCGCACCCUCCGAGCUUCCAGCGCCUCGUCCCGGGACGAGAGAACUGCAAGGAGGAGCAGCUGGUGCCUCAGCUAGGCUACAUGGCUAACGGUGACGGAGAGGUGGUGGAGCAGGUGAUCGGCCAGCAGACGGCGGAUGAGGGUCAAGAAGAGAGCCCGUUGGACAAUUUGAUCCGGCAACUUCAGCACCAGCAGGACGAGCAACUCAACUCAGGAAACCAGGCCGCAGGCGGCGAGGAAGCAGGCGGUCCACUGUCGCCCCCUAAUGUCGGACUGCGGCGUAGCGGUCAGGUGGAAGGCGUUCGGCAGAUGCACAACAACGCCCCCCGCAGUCAGAUGGCCACAGAGAGGGACCUGCUCGCGUGGAGCCGCCGCGUGGUCGUCAACGAAAUCCCCUCAGGAGUCUUCAGGAAAAUGGAGGAGAGUCGACAGGCUAAAGGAGAACUGGAGCGAUCGCUUUACAACAUGGAGAGGAAGAAAAAACCUGUCCAUGCUACUCGAACGGACCCUGUUGACGUUUCGGGGCGCUCUCUGCGGAGACCUCAGAGAAAACAGCAGCAGAAGAGACACGCGUAUCACACACGGUCGGCGCGGGAGAGGAGACGAGCACACACACUCACCGACACGCGUCAGGACAGCCUCAGCGAGUCAGACAGCGAGGCAGAGCAGGAGGAAGAUCAGAACGAGAACUCUGACGCUUCCUCUGAAGGAGAAUCUCAGUGGGAGAACGCCAGCAGCUCAAGCGACUCCUCCAGCGAGUAUUCCGAUUGGACGGCGGACGCGGGCAUCAACCUCCAGCCGCCCAAACGGCGACCAACCAGAAGGCCGGCCCGUAUCGCCGGGAGCAGCAGCUCUGAGGACGAGGGGGAGGGGCAGAGAGAGGGGGAGGAGCGUCGCAAGAAGAAGAAGGAAGAGGAGGAGGAGGAGGAAGAGGAGAAGAAGAAAAAGAAACCCAAACAAACGAAACAGAAAACGGUUCCUGCUGGUGAGCUUGAAGAGUGGCUUCCCCCGCCCUGGAUAAUGGAGACGGUACCCAGGCGAUCUCCGUUUCUACCUCAGAUGGGAGACGAGUUGAUAUAUUUCCGGCAGGGUCACCAGGCGUACGUUCGAGCGGUGCGUCGUGCCAAAGCUUACAGCAUUAACCCUCAGAAACAGCCCUGUAACAGACUGGACCUCAGGGAUCAGGAGUAUGUGAAGGUGGUGGGUAUAAAGUAUGAGGUGGGCCCACCCACGCUCUGCUGCCUCAAACUGGCCUUCCUGGACGAGCUCUCGGAGAAGAUGACCGGCGACUCCUUUAGCUUGAAGUAUCACGACAUGCCUGAUGUCAUCGAUUUCCUGGUGCUACAACAGUUUUACAACGAGGCCAAAGAACGCAACUGGCAACCGGGUCAGCGUUUCAGGAGUAUUAUAGACGAUGCCUGGUGGUUCGGGUCACUGGAGAGUCAGCAGCCGUACCAGCCCGAGUAUCCCGACAGCCUUUUCCAGUGCUACGCUGUCAGGUGGGACAACAGUGAGAGAGAGAAAAUGAGCCCCUGGGACAUGGAACCCAUACCUGAGGGAGCUCCGCUCCCAGACGAGGUCGGCGACAGCGUCCCAGUAACGGAGGAGGAGCUUCAGGCUCUCCUGUACCAACCACAGGACGGCGAGUGGGGUGCACACACACGUGACGAGGAGUGUGAGAGAGUCAUUCACGCCAUAGACCAGCUUUUCACACUGGACAUAGCGAAGGCGUUCACGUGUCCGGUGGACCUGAGGGAUUAUCCUCUGUACUGCACCGUGGUGGCGUACCCCACUGACCUCAGUACAAUUAGACUGAGACUGGUACAGCGCUUCUACAGGAGGAUUUCGGCGCUGAUGUGGGAGGUGCGUUACAUCGAGCACAACGCCAGGACGUUUAACGAGCCGCACAGCCCCAUCGUCACAGCGGCUAAAGCCGUCACCGACGUCCUGCUGCACUUUAUCGGCGAUCAGAGCUGUACUGAUAUCCUGGAGCUGUACAAUAAGCUCAAGAUGGAGCUCAGCAGCGCUGCUGAAGAAGAGGAGGACGUUGAGGUCGACUCUGACACUCCGGGAACAUCAACUGGCCAGAAGUCGUCACAGACGCGGGGCGUGGUGCUGGACGUGCGAGCGUGGUACACUCAGUGUAAAGACCUGAUACAGAGGAUGAUCGCCAGCCCGGACUCCGAGCCCUUCCGCCAACCCGUCGACCUCUUCACCUACCCGGACUACAGGGACAUCAUAGACACACCGAUGGACCUGGGGACGGUGAUGGAGACUCUGAUGGGGGGGAACUACGAGAAUCCCAUGGAGUUCUCCAAGGACGUCCGGCUCAUCUUCAGCAACUCCAAAGCGUACACGCCUAACAAGAAGUCCCGGAUUUACAGCAUGACUCUGAGUCUGUCUGCGUUCUUCGAGCAUCAGAUCAUCUCCAUCAUCUCCGAUUACAAGGUGGCCUUGCAGAACCAGAGACGCUGCCAGCAAAGACUCAGCUACAGCAAGAGACUGCUGAACUCCACGCCAGAGAGCCCGAAAGGGAAGCCCAAGUCAGUGAAGAAAACGCCGCAGCAGCAGCAGCCCCGCCCACAACGUUCCUCUCUGUAUGAAGACUCAAAUGAUGAAGACAGUCAGCCCUCAUCUUCCUCACAGUCAGCACCGCCGUCCUCACUGUCGGCUCAACCGUCGAGUAACCGAGUCACCCGCAGCAGAGCUCUGAGCAAGAGAGCAGACGCUCACUGCAACGGCCCUAUGACCAACGGAGGUCGAAGGUCACGCAGACGACCGGGACAAACGGACACCUCGGACUCCGAAAGCUCGGAAUCGUCGUCGUCGUCUUCUUCCUCCUCAUCUUCGUCGUCCUCUUCCUCUGAGAGCGAGGCGAGCGACGCCGAGGUGGCCAGCUUCGCCGAGGGCGGAGAUCACGACUACAGCAAAGCCUCGCGGCUCUCCCUGGCACGCAAGAGCAAGAUGCCCGACACUAACUUUCCCUCGAUCGCCAAACGAAAACGAAGGGGGCAGGAAGAGGAGACAAACGCGUGUCUCAAACGUCCACGUAGGGAACAGACACCGGUCCAAGAGAGUCAGAGCGAGGAUGAGGAUGAGGACGAGGAUGAAGAUGAAGGUGAAGUUGAGGAUGAGGAAAACGAAGAGGUAGAAGAGGAGGAGCCUGGGGAGGAAGGAGCAGAAGAAGGCGAAGAAGAAGGGGAGGAGCCAGAAGAUGAAGAAGAAGGAGAAGAAGAAGGGGAGGAGCUAGGAGAAGAAGAGGAGGAGGAGCCAGAAGAUGAGGAUGAAGAAGAUGAUGAGGAAGAUGAAACAUGUCAACGACCUCAGCUUCCUGCCAGGGGUCAAAGGUCGAGUCAGAGGACGGUGAAAGCGGGGCGUAUAAACACCCGUAACCAGGGGAGACGGACCAUAGUCUAUAACGACGACUCGGAGUAUGACGCUCCCGCCGCUGACCCGCUCAAUCUGGGCACGUCGCGUUCAGGAAGAAUCCGACGUAUGACCGAGAGAGCCAGGGUCAGCCACCUGAUGGGCUGGUCACACUGACCUUUGACCUUCUGGACACAUUUUUUUAAGUAACCUCAGACAUUCGGACUUCACUACAGCAAUACUGCAGGGAUUUUUUUUGUAGCUGUUGAUGUAUAUAUAUUUUUUUUUUCAUUUUUUUUAUUGUUUUUUGUUUUGUUGUUAAUGAGACUUUUGUUUACGAAUUCUGGAGCUCGUGGUGCUGACUCCGUCUCGCUCUGGUGUCCAACGAACCAAACCAGCCUUACUGUGGGCCAGAGCAUGGAGGAAUCUCUCGCUCUCUCUGUCUCUCUCUUUCUCACUUCUUCUCUUCAGGCUUCAUUUGCCUUCAUGGUGCUUUUUAAAUCAAGUCACUGCAUGCAGGAUGAUGGUGCUGUUCUCUCUCUCUUUCUUCCUCAUCUCCCAUGUUAAUAAAUAGUACCUUAGCCAGCUAGCAAAAGCUUUACAUCCCAAACUGCAUCCUGCUCGCCUAAAAAGCCAGAAUGAUCACUUUAAAUUUCAGGAUGAUGUUCUAAUCAGUUUGGGAUGUGACCCAAGCGAGUACAUUCCCUCAAGAUAGCCAUUGCUAUUCUAUUUUCACAAAAUAUUUAAACGACUGUUCUCUCAGAUCCUCUUGCACUCUCCUUCCUCUGUCCUUUCUUAACAAAAGAAAACAUAAAGAAAAAUAGAUCUAUCAAGCAACAAUGACCACAGUGAGAUAACAGCCAAUCAGAUGCUCAUUACCAGGCAGAUUUAAUCUGAGGCGGGUGAACUGAUUUAACAGUUUAAUUUAAUUGAACUGGUUGUUAACAGACUCACUUUUUGAUUGGUUACUAACCGUUUCUGUCUUUUAAUUUAGUUAUACGGAUCAGCCAACUAGUCCUUAAACUUUUCUAAAUCAGACUUCAGUAUUACCUGCUCAAAAAGAUUACAAAUGGGUCUAAAAAAUAAAAAAAUGAACCAUACCUAUCAGUCAGCUAGUAACUAAAAUUGAGACAAUACCGCUUUAAAAGAUGUAGCCAAUCCAAUCCAUGUUGCUAUGGGGAUUGUAGACGACCGAGCGACGUCAUUGGCUGUUAACCUGAGGAACCGAUUCCUUUUUCCUCAGUGUGUCCUCUACCAAUCUCUUUACAAACUGAGCUAACUUAGCUAAGCUAAUUUAAAUAAAAACAUCAAAAUAAAAAAUUUUCUUCCUAAAUAAAAAAAAUCUCAUUCAAAAAAAAAAUAAUCAAAAGGCUAACUUUUAAACUAUCUUUUACCAGAUUCAUUUCACCUAAUAAGAGAUGGAGUUGAAGGAGGAAAAAGUAUCUGUGCAGUUAAGGAAAUGUCCAAUCAGAUUCUUGUUGCUAUGCAGACAAAUGAAGAGGUGCUCUCUGAUUGGUCCAAACCUUUAAGAGGAAUUUUUCAUGGUAGUUAUGCUAAUCUAAAUGCUUAUUACUCAGCCAAAUAGUACAAUUUAUUACUAUUAAUACUGUAUUAAAUCUGAGCUUUGCUUCCUCUGCGAAAAACGCCUGAGUGGGGGGAAAAAAAAAAGGUUAUUGCACCCUUUUUUUAAGGCCAUGUGGGAGACACCGUCAACCAAGUAGUGGUGUUUAAUCUCAAAUCAUCCAAUUUAUUUAACUGUUUGUUUUCUUUCAAUUCCCCAUGUUUAAAUCUGGGGUGUGUCCCAAAUGCCAGUUUUACGAAUGUUCUUACUAGAAAUUUGAGCAUUUUACAUCAUUUCCAAUUACCCUUUGUUAUAUUUGACCAAGCACAUGGUGUAGUCUUAGUGGCAUCCCAUAAUGCACUGCAAUCACACACAUGCUAAUGCUCAUGUGUAACCCACCAAAGAUAGCUUUAGCCAAGUUAUCUUUGGUGUAUUACACGCGCAAUAUUAGCCUAGCCAGUCUCCGAGAAACACAGCGGUGCGACAACAUGACUAACUUUAUAAUUAUAGUAAGAACUCUAGGUGUAAAUACCUGCACGUGGGACACACCCUGGAUUUUUUUCCCUUUUCUAUUCUUCCUGUUUUUUCAUUCUUAUUUUCCAAGAUGCAUUAACUACUUCCAGGUCAUGAGCUUAACUUCCUGCCCAUGCGAGCAUCGAGAGCAUCGAUACACCGAGUGUCUGUGCACACACUGUUUAUACAAUGGAGUAUAUUUAUAUUUGUACUAUACACUUACUUUGCGAUUCAUACUUAUCAGUUCGAACCGAUCCAGUGAUGUUUGCACAUGUUACGGCAGCUGAUUGGUCAAAAAAAACAAA